GUCAAAUGUAAUUAUCUCAAGUCUCAUAUUUCACUUAUGGACACAGCAAACAGUCGUGUUAGCUAAUCACCUGACUCAAACAUUUACUUAUAACAUUUUUGGACUUUCUUGAGCGCGAUGGCGUACCUUUAACAUCAUUUGUGUGAAACAACAACCAAAUGUAUUAGAUUUUUUCAUGGCCAUGUUUACAUGUUACGAUUUCAUUUGCGUUUAGAGUUUAAAAAAUAAGUAACAAAUAACGGAUCAAGCAAGAGAGAGAAGUUUUUUUUUAUAUCGUAAGAAAAAGUAAAUUCCUCUAAAGAAUGUCUCAGCAGUUUUGGAUUACUUAUCAUCACUGUCGGUGACAGUGUUAUCAUCACUGUCAGUGGCAGUGUCACAAUAGUCGUGUUGACUCACAGGAACUCGUACACUAAUUGAUCAAAACCGCUUAACAAUUUUGUCCCCGUGAACUUCAAUAUGACCUUCGUCGUGAGCGAACCGGUCGAACAUAAGAGGACUGAGAAAGGUUCGUACGGUUCAUCGUGAUAGUCUUCGGCAGAAAAUGUGGCCCAGUAGCCCACUGUGUGACUUGUCUUUUGCUAGGUAUCCCUGGAUUUAACGAUCCGACAUCUUCAAUGUACGCUCUCGCCCUAUUGAUCAAUUCCUUAAUUGAGAUUCAAGAAAUAUGUUAUUGAGUUUGGCUAAAUGACAUUAGAUAUGUGCCAUUUGAGGCUUGCAGACCCAUUGCCUAAAUUACAUUAGAUAUGUGUCAUUUGAAGCUUGCAGACCCAUUGCCUAAAUGAUAUUAGAUGUAUGCCAUUUGAAGCUUGCAGACCCAUUGCCCUUAUGACAUUAGAUAUAUGCCAUUUGAAGCGUGCAGAUCCAUUUCCUAAAUGACACUAGAUAUAUGCCAUUUGAAGCUUGCAGACCCAUUGCCUAAAUGCCAUUAGAUAUAUGCCAUUUGAAGCUUGUAGACCCAUUGCCUAAAUGACAUUAGAUAUAUGCCAUUUGAAGCUUGCAGACCCAUUGCCUAAAUGACAUUAGAUAUAUGCCAUUUGAAGCUUGCAGACUCAUUGCCUAAAUGACAUUAGAUAUAUGCCAUUUGAAGCUUGUAGACCCAUUGCCUAAAUGACAUUAGAUAUAUGCCAUUUGAAGCUUGCAGACCCAUUGCCUAAAUGACAUUAGAUAUAUGCCAUUUGAAGCUUGCAGACUCAUUGCCUAAAUGACAUUAGAUAUAUGCCAUUUGAAGCUUGCAGAUCCAUUUCCUAAAUGACACUAGAUAUAUGCCAUUUGAAGCUUCCAAACCCAUUUCCUAAAUGACAUUAGAUAUGUGCCAUUUGAAGCUUCCAAACCCAUUGCCUAAAUGACACUAGAUAUAUGCCAUUUGAAGCUUGCAGACCCAUUGCCUAAAUGACAUUAGAUAUAUGCCAUUUGAAGCUUGUAGACCCAUUGCCUAAAUGACAUUAGAUAUAUGCCAUUUGAAGCUUGCAGACCCAUUGCCUAAAUGACAUUAGAUAUAUGCCAUUUGAAGCUUGCAGACUCAUUGCCUAAAUGACAUUAGAUAUAUGCCAUUUGAAGCUUGCAGACCCAUUGCCUAAAUGACACUAGAUAUAUGCCAUUUGAAGCUUGCAGACCCAUUGCCUAAAUGACAUUAGAUAUGUGCCAUUUGAAGCUUGCAGACCCAUUGCCUAAAUGACAUUAGAUAUAUGCCAUUUGAAGCUUGCAGACCCAUUGCCUAAAUGACAUUAGAUAUAUGCCAUUUGAAGCUUGCAGACUCAUUGCCUAAAUGACAUUAGAUAUAUGCCAUUUGAAGCUUGCAGACCCAUUGCCUAAAUGACAUUAGAUAUAUGCCAUUUGAAGCUUGCAGACCCAUUGCCUAAAUGACAUUAGAUAUAUGCCAUUUGAAGCUUGCAGACUCAUUGCCUAAAUCUGUAAUCUAUAUACGGUAAACUUCGAACCAGACCCAUUGCCUAAAUGACAUUAGAUAUAUGCCAUUUGAAGCUUGCAGACUCAUUGCCUAAAUGACAUUAGAUAUAUGCCAUUUGAAGCUUGCAGAUCCAUUUCCUAAAUGACACUAGAUAUAUGCCAUUUGAAGCUUCCAAACCCAUUUCCUAAAUGACAUUAGAUAUGUGCCAUUUGAAGCUUCCAAACCCAUUGCCUAAAUGACAUUAGAUAUAUGCCAUUUGAAGCUUGCAGACCCAUUGCCUAAAUGACAUUAGAUAUAUGCCAUUUGAAGCUUGCAGACCCAUUGCCUAAAUGACAUUAGAUAUGUGUCAUUUGAAGCUUGCAGACCCAUUGCCUAAAUGAUAGUAGAUAUAUGCCAUUUGAAGCUUGCAGACCCAUUGCCCUUAUGACAUUAGAUAUAUGCCAUUUGAAGCGUGCAGAUCCAUUUCCUAAAUGACACUAGAUAUAUGCCAUUUGAAGCUUGCAGACCCAUUGCCUAAAUGCCAUUAGAUAUAUGCCAUUUGAAGCUUGUAGACCCAUUGCCUAAAUGACAUUAGAUAUAUGCCAUUUGAAGCUUGCAGACCCAUUGCCUAAAUGACAUUAGAUAUAUGCCAUUUGAAGCUUGCAGACUCAUUGCCUAAAUGACAUUAGAUAUAUGCCAUUUGAAGCUGGCAGACCCAUUGCCUAAAUUACAUAAGAGAUAUGCAUCCCCCUUUAAAAAGAUCAUAAAAGAAAGAAACCAAAUACAAAUGUAUGUUUUCCUAUCGUUUCAUUAAACUUUAGCAACCUCCGUAUUCAUUUUUAGUUAUAUAAAUCCGGACUUUAUAUUGUGGCUAAAGAAAGUGCAUCGCUAUAUAAAAGCUUAUGUUUAUCAUCAUCAUCAUCAUCGCCUGUCGUCCCGUCUGGGGCAUAGGCCACAAACAAAGGCUCUCCAGGCAUCCCGGUCUUGGGCAAGUCUCUCCAACUGUCCCCAGUUGUGCCCACUCUUUUUGAUGUCUGCCUCCAGUUCCCUUCUCCAAGUUGUUUUGGGUCGACCUCUUUUUCUCUUACCCUGGGGGUUCCAAGUCAGGGCUUGUCUCGUGAUACUUGAUGCGGGCUUUCUGAGGGUGUGGCCAAUCCAUCUCCAUCUGCGCUGGCAGAUUAACUCUUCCACUGGUUCUUGUUGUGUGCGCCGCCAGAGAUCCUCGUUGGUGAUGACGGUGGGCCAGCGGAUUCGUAAAAUCGUUCGGAGACAUGAGUUGAUAAAGGUCUGUAGCUUUUUUGAACCAGCUGCUGUUGUUCGCCAUGUUUCUGCCCCAUAUAGCAAGACAGGUUUCACUGUGGUGUUGAAUACCUUGACCUUGGUCUGGAGGGUCAAAUUGCUGCAGCUCCAGACCUUUUUUAGCUGGUUAAAUGCCGCUCUUGCCUUACCAACUCUCACUCUUAUGUCGGCGUCUGUCCCUCCUUGUAUGUCAAUGAUGCUGCCGAGGUAUGUAAAGCUAUCCACCUCCUCAAGGUUUGUUCCUUCCAGUGCUAUAGGUGUGUUGCUUGAUGUAUUUAUUUUAAGGACUUUGCUUUUUCCUCUGUGGAUGUUCAGGCCGAUGCAAGCAGAGUACUGUGCUACAUAAUUGGUUUUCUCUUGCAUCUGUUGCUGUGUGUGUGAUACUAGGGCCAGAUCAUCCGCAAAAUCCAGGUCAUCAAGUUGUUUCCAUAGUGUCCACUGAAUACCAUUUCUCUUCUGCUCUGUAGACAUUUUCAUUAUCCAAUCAAUGGUCAGCAGGAAUAGGAAAGGCGAGAGCAGACACCCCUGUCUGACACCGGUCUGUACCUCAAAAGCCGCCGUUGUUUGCUGGCCGUGGACAAUUCUGCACGAUAGUCCUUCGUAAGAAGCCUUAAUUAUGUCUGUCAAUUUUUGUGGUACCCCGUAGUGUCUAAGCAGCUUCCACAGAGUCUGUCUGUCGACACUGUCAAAAGCCUUCUCAUAGUCAAUGAAGUUGACGUAUAGUGACGAGUUCCACUCCAGAGAUUGUUCCACAAUAAUUCUCAGUGUGGCAAUCUGGUCUGUGCAGGAUCUGUCUUUUCUGAACCCUGCUUGUUGGUCCCUAAGAUUGAUGUCUAUUGCCUCCCUCAUUCUGUUUAGCAGCAUUCUGUUGAAUACUUUGCUUGGGAUCGACAGCAGGGUUAUUCCCCUAUAGUUAGAACAAGAACUAAGGUCUCCUUUCUUCGGGAGCUUAACGAGGUGUCCUUCUUUCCAUUCAGCCGGUAUCUGUUCCUCCUCCCAUAUUUUCUUGAAUAGUGUGUGUAGCAUUUCAGUGCUAGACGUAAUAUCUGCUAUCAAGGCUUCUGUCGGUAUUCUGUCUGGACCUGCCGCCUUGCCUUUCUUUAGUUGUUUAAUUGCUCUGCAUAUUUCUUGCUUUGUGGGUGUGCUGCACUCUAUUUCUAGAUCUUUUUCCGCUGGCUCUAUGUUGAGUGUGUGUUGUGGUGCUGGCCGGUUGAGGAGUUCUUCAAAAUGUUCUAUCCAUCUUUUUUUCUGACCCUCUUCAUCAGGUAUUGAUUUCCCAUCUUUAGUUUUAACUGGUCUCACUGGAUUGUUGAACUUUCCAGAUAACUUUUUGAUUGUACUGAAUAAUUCUCUUGUGUUUCCAUGGUACGCAGCCUCCUCUGCUUCACUUGCUAAUCCUUCUAUGUAGUUCUUUUUAUCUGUCCUUAUACUACGUUUAACUUCUUUAUUUGCUUCUGAGUAUUCUGUUGAUGCUCUGGCCUUUUCGGUUCUGGUGCGGCUAUUGUUUAGAUUUGCCUUCUUCUUUCUCCUAUAUUGGAUUUUUUCCAUGGUUUCAGCCGAAAUCCAUUCUUUAUGCGUUUGUUGCCUAGGGCCCAACACUUCUUCACAGGUAGUCGUGAAUAUCUCUUUGAUUUCUUUCCAGUUUUUGUCAAUUGUUUCUUCAUUGCCUAGUUCCUGUAAGAUCUGGAACUUAUUGGAGAUGGUAAGUUUAAACUCCUUUAGCUUGGACUCAUCUUUCAAGAGGUUGAUGUUAAAAUGUUGGCGCUUGCUUCCCUCGCUUGUCCAGUUCUUUUUCAGUUUCAGCCUUAAUUUGGCAAUAAUUAGAUGAUGGUCUGAGGCUACAUCUGCCCCUCUUUUUACCCUAACAUCUUGGAGCGACCGUCUAAACUUAUUGCAAAUACAGAAAUGGUCAAUUUGGUUAGCCGUUGACAUAUCUGGUGAAAUCCAUGUGGCCUUGUGGAUAUUUCUAUGCAUGAAGAGGCUUCCUCCGAUGACUAGUCCAAUUGUAGCACAUAGAUCUGCUAGUCUUUCACCAUUUUCAUUCAUCUCUCCCAUACCAUGUGUUCCCAUGCAUUCUUCAUAGCCUUUAUUGUUGCUGCCUAUUUUCGCAUUUAGGUCGCCCAUGAGUAUAACCUUAUGUUUAUAUAUAUAUAUAUAAUAAUAAUAAUAAGAGGUCUUAUAUAGCGCGGUACCCCGCCUAGGGCUGGGCUCACCACGCUGUACAUAAAAAUUUUAUCAAAAGAGACAUAAUCAUGACAUUAAAAUAAAAUAGAUUUAUGAAAUAAAGAACAGCAAUGUAUAUUCACCCACCCCACCCCAUAACUUUUACAAGGGAAACCAUGGACGGCAGCCAGCAAGAUCGUUUAUCGGUCAGAGGAGGGGAAUCAGUCAGGGUAGUAUAUUUAUUUAUAUAUAUAUUAUUUAAAUCAUAAAUAAACUAAUUUCAAAUAGCGAUAAUCAUCGAAUGGACAAAUCUUCAGAGGUAGCGGAAUCGAAAUUAAGUUGUUACCGAACCGAGAAGCACUCCUAAAAGUGUUUUCGUCGAUUCCAAUCUUUUCUGUAGAGCCGUUGUAAAACUUAUUGAGGCUCCCUGGCAAAUCUUCGUCGGGUUUGUCCCCCCCCCCCCACCCAACCAAGUCAAAUUUAAUAUUUUAAAUGUUUUUCCACAUUUUAAAAUUUUUAACUUUGGACCCCUGAAAUCUCCGAAGUCCUUCUAGUCGUAGCGGUUACUUUGCUCACGAUACGCCUCUGUUACCAUGCUAUAUAUUCCGUACCCAUCAUUUAUUAAUCAAUCAUUUCAGUUCCACUUCUGUGUUCCAAAAGAUGGACUGUUGCCUACGUUGGAAUGGUUGGAUUCUUCUUCAUCUACUCUCUGCGUGUCAAUAUUAGUGUUGGCAUUGUAUGUAUGGUGCGAGAAUAUGCCAACAAAACCAACACUACAAACGACAGCAGCCAUGGCACGUGCAUCUAUGAGUCUUCUACCGAUGAUAAGGCGCAGGUUUGUAGUUGAUGCGAGGACCAAAUAUGUUUUAUGUUUAAACAUGGAUAUUUAGAAAGGCAUGAGUCAAAGUCACUUUAUGAUGAAACAAGACUUAAAGCUACCGCUCAGUUUGAAAGCAAUCAAUAAAUGUAACAGCCAGCGAUGGAUAUUCAUCUAACACGAAACUAAUUGAAUUUAUUUCACACGUGUAUAUGGAUAUGUUUGCAUCCAUAAAGGAAAAAAAUAAAUAUCUGUGUGUUUUGUCGAAAUUGUAUUUAUGAUUCAUUUGACGUCAUGGAUUUCAUUUUGAAUGAUCUAAGGUUGUAUACCCAUCAAUGAUAGAAAUUAAUGCUGUCUUAUUAAUCGUCUAAUUCACUAAAUCUGAGCUUGGUUGACAACAUUAUCUCUACACUUGUUAGCUAUGUGUCACAUCCAAUUCACUAAAUCUGAGCUUGGUUGACAACAUUAUCUCUACACUUGUUAGCUAUGUGUCACAUCCAAUUCACUAAAUCUGAGCUUGGUUGACAACAUUAUCUCUACACUUGUUAGCUAUGUGUCACAUCCAAUUCACUAAAUCUGAGCUUGGUUGACAACAUUAUCUCUACACUUGUUAGCUAUGUGUCACAUAAAUCUGGGCUUGGUUUACAACAUUAUCUCUACACUUGUUAGCUAUGUGUCACAUCCAAUUCACUAAAUCUGAGCUUGGUUGGGUAAUUUCUCCCUCACGCAGAGAUUCUGACCCCUCCCCCCCCCCCCUUUUACACACACAUCCGUUUUUUUCCUUGAUUACGAAACAUUUCUCGCAACCUUUCUCGAUUUCAAAACAUAUUUCUCACCCUCAACACAUUAUCGAAUUCUAAUUAAAAUGUCAAUAAACAUUACCUUAUGGGUCUUCAUGCACCUCUGACACGGCCUACCACACCGCCCAUGGGCGUGGAUACUUCUUUGACAUGGCCUACCGUACCGCCCAUGGGCGUGGAUACCUCUGGUUACGAAACUUUGCUCUAAUGUAUUUAAACAUUUCGUACAGUUUUGUAGUUUGACAAAAUCCAGCACAUUACUUCACCUCACUGAAACAGCACUUGACCAGGAAUCGUGUCCAGGCUGUUUAGGGGUUGUAGUUAGCAAUAUUUAAUUUUAAACGAUUUUUAAAAAGAAAAAACUUCUAUUGUCUGUGUGUUCGGUAUUUAUUUUGAAAUGUUUAACGAUAUUUUAAUAUUUCCUUGAAUUGUGUCUAUUUAUGUCUUCCUGGCCACGCACUCACAUGUCCACAGAGCGGAGAGUUUGACUGGGACAAGUCCACUACGUCUCUGAUGCUGUCCUCAUUUUUCUACGGCUACAUAACAACCCAAGUUGUAGGGGGUUGGCUGGCUGGCAGGUUUGGAGGCAAGAAGGUUCUUGGUACUGGGGUCGGCCUGACAGCUGUCUUUACCCUGUUGGUUCCUGUAGCGGCGAGGUGGGACUACAGGGGCGUGCUCGCUCUAAGAAUUCUGAUGGGGGUCACAGAGGUAUGUUCCAGGCGAAAGCUGUACGUUAAAGGGAGACAACUAGGAGGUGUUAGACAGGAUUUAUGAGAAAUUUUGUUGAGAACAUUAAGUUGAGUUUGGGAAGAGCAUAAGGUGGUGUUCUGUGUUUUAGAAAACAAGUUUCAAGUUAGAUAUGUCAAAGAAAUUGUGAUUGAAUAAACGAUUGAACUUGUGAUGUCAAGCAGGAUAUUCGCCAAACUCUCUGAACGCAAAUUUUGACACAAACCAUUUAGCAUUGCUUCAAACUCUCACUUGGUGUCCACACUUUAAAUUAUGUCUUACGAUAAACAUACGAUAAAUCUGCGGUGAGCCAACUAUAAGCCUACGAUUAGCCUACCAUAAACCUACGAUUAGCCUACUAUAAAGCUACGGUAAUACGAUAAUACGAUAAUAAGCCUACAGUCAUCUUAUCAAUUCCAUUUAUCCAUCUUUUGCUCUGCUGUAAGUCUCUGUGAGUUUUGUUUGUAAUACAAUCUUAUAUGAAGACUUUGAACUAGCCAUAAGUACAAUAGGUGCACUAGACAAAUGUACGAUAGGUGUACUAGCCAUAUGUACAAUAGGCGUACUACUCAUAUUUACAAUAUGUGUACGAGCCAUUUGUGCAAUAAGUGUACUAGCCAUAUAUGCAAUAAGUGUACUAGCCAUAUAUUCAAUAAGGAACUUACAUUUAUGAAAUAAAUAACUCGCCAAAUUGAAUCUUUAUACUUGCUAGGGCGCCGCUUUUCCAAGUAUGCACACCCUUUGGGGACGGUGGGCGCCACCUAUAGAAAGAACACGGCUAUCGUCCUUUACAUUUGCUGGUUAGUAUCAGGAAAAAUUACAGCGAUAGUCUGUGAUACUCUAUGCUAGUCUGUGAUACUCCAUGCUAGUCUGCGAUAGUCUGUGAUACUCCAUGCUAGUCUGCGAUAGUCUGUGAUACUCCCUGUUAGUUUGUCUUAAUGUGUUUUACGUUAGACGAGUGCUUUCUAAACUGUGUCUCAAGAUACAGUAGUGUGUCGCUUGUAGGGUGUCAUCGUGUCGCUUGUAGGGUGUCAGUGUGUCGCUUGUAGGGUGUCAGUGUGUCGCUUGUAGGGUGUCAGUGUGUCGCUUGUAGGGUGUCAGUGUAUCACUCGAAAAUAAGCCAUUUAAGCAUGCACACACUUUAAGUUAUCAAAUAAGCCGAACAUAUGUUAAACUCAUGCUGGUUUACGCUAUAUUCCUUAUCUUUCGCUAUAUCUCCUAUUUUAAGCUAUUUCCUCCAUUUUACGAUAUGUAUCCACAAUGUUACGCUAUAUUCAAAAUUUUACGCUGUAUCCACUAUUUAAAGCUAUAUCCACUAUUGUAUUGCUUUAAAAUAGCCUAAGUCAUUUAAUUGUAAUUUGACGUUGUUGGAUGCAUUUUAUGGUUUUAAACAGUUUUGCCUUAUAUCUUGCAUUCUUCUCUUUUAAAUGUUCAUUGGGCAAAUUGUACCAGUUCCCCCAGCGUCUCCAAUAGAGAAACUAGUGAUACUUCCGAAAAAGAUUAUCUAUGGUGCAAAGAUUUUGACUUUUAUAGUGUUAAAGAUAUCUUUGUAAAAAUUGCCGAUUUUCUCAUUAAAAUAAAAAGUUUCUUAACAAGAAAAGAAUAUCUGGUGUCUAUAAUAUUUGAGAUCAACGAAGUUCAAAUAAAUUUGUCAUCAACUAAUAGGAGGGUCUGUUUUGAUUGGAGAUAAGUCUAAAGGAAAGCGAGAUUCCCAUUUUCUAUUCGUGAAUGCAAAGAUUGGUCCCCGUGAUUAGUUUGAUGAGAUAUCCUUGAAAAUGUAAGUAUGCUACAGUACCCAACAAAUGUAAGAAUGGUACAGUACCCAACAAAUGUAAGUAUGGUACAGUACCCAACAAAUGCAAGUAUGGUACAGUACCCAACAAAUGCAAGUAUAGUACAGUACCCAACAAAUGUAAGUAUGGUACAGUACCCAACAAAUGUAAGAAUGGUACAGUAUCCAACACAUGUAAGUGUGGUACAGUACCCAACACAUGUAAGUAUGGUACAGUACCCAACAAAUGUAAGUAUGCUACAGUACCCAACAAAUGUAAGUAUGGUACAGUACCCAACAAAUGUAAGUAUGGUACAGUACCCAACAAAUGUAACAUGGUACAGUACCCAACACAUGUAAGUAUGGUACAGUACCAUACAAAUGUAAUAUGGUACAGUACCCAACAAAUGUAAUAUGGUACAGUACCCAACAAAUGUAAGUAUGGUACAGUACCCAACACAUGUAAGUAUGGUACAGUACCCAACAAAUGUAAUAUGGUACAGUACCCAACAAAUGAAAUAUGGUACAGUACCCAACAAAUGUAAUAUGGUACAGUACCCAACAAAUGUAAUAUGGUACAGUACCCAACAAAUGUAAUAUGGUACAGUAUCCAACAAAUGUAAGUAUGGUACUGUACCCAACAAAUGUAAGUAUGGUACAGUACCCAACAAAUGUAAUAUGGUACAUUACCCAACAAAUGUAAUAUGGUACAGUACCCAACAAAUGUAAGUAUGGUACAGUACCCAACAAAUGUAAGUAUGGUACAGUACCCAACUAAUGUAAUAUGGUACAGUAUCCAACAAAUGUAAGUAUGGUACAGUACCCAACAAAUGUAAGUAUGGUACAGUACCCAACAAAUGUAAGUAUGGUACAGUACCCAACAAAUGUAAGUAUGGUACAGUACCCAACAAAUGUAAUAUGGUACAGUAUCCAACAAAUGUAAGUAUGGUACAGUACCCAACAAAUGUAAGUAUGGUACAGUACCCAACAAAUGUAAGUAUGUUACAGUACCCAACAAAUGUAAGUAUGGUACAGUACCCAACAUAUGUAAGUAUGGUACAGUACCCAACAAAUGUAAUAUGGUACAGUACCCAACAAAUGUAAGUAUGGUACAGUACCCAACACAUGUAAGUAUGGUACAGUACCCAACACAUGUAAGUAUGGUACAGUACCCAACAUAUGUAAGUAUGGUACAGUACCCAACACAUGUAAGUAUGGUACAGUACCCAACACAUGUAAGUAUGGUACAGUACCCAACACAUGUAAGUAUGGUACAGUAUCCAACAAAUGUAAGUAUGGUACAGUACCCAACAAAUGUAAGUAUGGUACAGUACCCAACAAAUGUAAGUAUGUUACAGUACCCAACAAAUGUAAGUAUGGUACAGUACCCAACAUAUGUAAGUAUGGUACAGUACCCAACAAAUGUAAUAUGGUACAGUACCCAACAAAUGUAAGUAUGGUACAGUACCCAACACAUGUAAGUAUGGUACAGUACCCAACACAUGUAAGUAUGGUACAGUACCCAACAUAUGUAAGUAUGGUACAGUACCCAACACAUGUAAGUAUGGUACAGUACCCAACACAUGUAAGUAUGGUACAGUACCCAACACAUGUAAGUAUGGUACAGUACCCAACACAUGUAAGUAUGGUACAGUACCCAACACAUGUAACCGUAAUUUCAUCUCAAAAUUAGUGUCCAGCUGUCAAAACUCAUUUAGCGUUAACCCCCAAGCCUGAGAUCUGGAGUUCACAACCGACAAAAGAUACGGUCAAGCUAAAAUAUCAACCGGUUGAUGCGUCACGUUGGCCUUGACCCGUUAACCUUGAACGACAAACUCAUCUAGGAGAAGAAAACUCUGAAUUAUAACCUUGAGUUUUAAGAGCUUAAGUGGCUCACAUUGACACAAUGAAGAUACGACAACUCUUGCGACGCUACAGGUAUCAUCCACCUAGCAUGUUUCUUGUGUGUUAUCCAGGUGCCGGAGAGAGGCCACUUGCUGUCUUUAUAGAGUAUUAGGCUGUACACCCGAAGAAAAAUCCCAGACCUUGUGAUGUCAUCCUGCGAAGACUACGUCAUCGUCAUAAUGUAAUUACGCGAAUCCUCUGAUGUCAUCAGGACAAAAUUAGUGUUUUAAAACACUUGCACGUAUUUUGCUUCACUCUCAUUACCGUUAUAUAAAGAAGGUAUAAAAUAUUAAUAAAAAGUGCCGCUUGUUAUGGUCGCGUUUCGCCACCUUCCCCAGGUACGCAAAUUGUGAUAUCUGCUCCAAAAGUCGGUUUCAACCCUUAAAAUUACGGUAAGCCUAUUUAUAAUAGGUGUUUCUGACCGCAUGUCUUAAAAUGGAAUAGUUUCAAACCUGGUUUACAAGUAAAGCUGACUUCAUGAAAGCAUGGAUGUUAACAAGUGUGUAACCAACAGGAACGGCUUGGGAAGCACUGCGUAAGACUGUGAUAGCCUGCGAAUGUACGUCUAAUCAUUUAUUGACAUUUUCCUGUCACUAUGUGACGAGGUAUAGACUUGUCCGUCACAAGGUGACGAUGUGUAGACUUGUCAGUCACAAUGGGAAGAUGUGUAGACUUGUCCGUCACAAUGUGACGAGGUGUAGACUUGUCAGUCACAAUGGGACGAUGUGUAGACUUGUCCGUCACAAUGGGAAGAUGUGUAGACUUGUCCGUCACAAUGGGAAGAUGUGUAGACUUGUCCGUCACAAUGGGACGAUGUGUAGACUUGUCCGUCACAAUGGGACGAUGUGUAGACUUGUCCGUCACAAUGUGACGAGGUGUAGACUUGUCCGUCACAAUGUGACGAGAUGUAGGCUUGUCCGUCACAAUGUGAAGAGAUGUAGGCUUGUCCCUCACAAUGUGACGAGGUGUAGGCUUGUCCGUCACAAUGUGACGAGGUGUAGACUUGUCCGUCACAAUGGGACGAGGUGUAGACUUGUCCGUCACAAUGGGACGAGGUGUAGACUUGUCCGUCACAAUGGGACGAGGUGUGGCCUUGUCCGUCACAAUGGGACGAGGUGUAGGUUUUGGGGGACAAAAUCCCAAGGCCUGGCAUUUCUUCUUAAGGAGGACCGUGAGCUGAAGAUCGCCUCUCUCUGUACGCAGGUGGGGAACUCAAAGGAACACCUUAUAUGUUGACUUGGUCUGGGGGGGGGGGAAUUGAAUUCAAGGACACAGGCUCACACCACUCGACAAUCCAAUAGGUCUAACAUUAUAGACGAUAUAAUAGAACAUGGCCUCUUCACCCCCUUUAAAAUGAAGUACAUUUUACACUAUUUCAGCUAACAAAUAAAAUCAUUUUCCUUAUCUAAAAACAUACAGGAUUUAUAAAGUACAUACCCAACUUAAGGAUGAUUUCAAAAUGGCGCCUGAUUUCGAGUGUACAAUUUAAAAUUUAUGUCAUUUCUACGAUGUAGGUCAGCAUGUGGGAAAUAUCGUGACCUACAUUUUGUCUGGAUGGCUUUGUGUUCAUGGGUUUGAUGGUGGAUGGCCUUCUAUAUUCUAUGUCACAGGUAUGUGGAGUUAAUAUGUGUGUGUAGUUGAUGUGAUAAUGAUGUGACAAGAAUGUGUAGUUGAUGUGAUAAUGAAUAGACAAGAAUGUGUAGUUGAUGUGAUAAUGAUGUGACAACGAUGUGACAAGAAUUUGUAGUUGACGUGAUAAUGAUGUGACAAGAAUGUGUAGUUGAUAUGAUAAUGAUGUGACAAGAAUGUGUAGUUGAUGUGAUAAUGAUGUGACAGAAUGUGUAGUUGAUGUGAUAAUGAUGUGACAAGAAUGUGUAGUUGAUGUGAUAAUGAUGUGACAGGCGGUCGUUGGCUACUCUUUAAGUGUAUUUGUAUCUGUUGUUUCGGGUGGUUGUUGUCUGAUUUGGCUAUGUCUGUUGAAGGUUGUGGCUGUCUGAAUUGGAUAUGCCUGUUGUUUAAGAUGGUGGCUGUCUGAUUUGGCUAUGUCUGUUGUUGAAGGUGGUGGCUGUCUGAUUUGGAUGUGCCUGUUGUUGAAGAUAGUGGCUGUCUGAUUUGGAUGUGUCUGUGUUUGCAAUUGGUGACUAUCUGAUUUGGAUAUAUCUGUUGUUGAAGGUGGUGGCUGUCUGAUUUGGAUGUGCCUUUUGUUGAAGAUGGUGACUGUCUGAUUUGGCUAUGUCUGUUGUUGAAGGUGGUGGCUGUCUGAUUUGGAUGUGCCUGUUGUUGAAGAUAGUGGCUGUCUGAUUUGGAUGUGUCUGUUGUUGAAGAUGGUGGUCGUCUGAUUUGGAUGUGUCUGUUGUUGAAGAUGGUGGCUGUCUGAUUUGGAUGUGCCUGUUGUUGUAUGUGGUGGCUGUCUACUCCUAAAAUGAAUGUCCGUCUGUUGUUGCAGGUGGUGGCUGUCUGAUUUGGGUGCUGAUUUGGUUCAUAGUGGUAGAAGACAGUCCAGAAUCUCAUCCAACCAUCUCCAAGGCUGAGAAGGAUUACAUCAUUACAACACGAGGAAGAAAUGAAGCACCAGAGGUUAGAGGUUCUUAAACUAUUAUUAGGUGGGUGUAUGUUCAAACUCCACGUCAUCAAGAAUGUUGUAAUUCGUAGAAUGAAAACACGUGCAGCUUAACAAUCAGUGUAUCGUAGAGAGGAGCUCAGAAAACCAAUGAGACCCGGUUUUGUCAAGUCUCUGAGACCAUAUACGUACUUAUACAUACGACAUGUGUAAAACAUGUGCUAACAGUUCAAACAUGUCUAAUUGUAAAAGAUCACAAUAAUUGUUCACCCCUUACAUUUUGACAUGCGCCCAUUUCUAUCAAUGGAUCACCCACCAAGCUGUGCACAUUACAUGGCACACCGACCAAGCUGUGCACAUUACAUGGCACGGCGACCAAGCUGUGCACAUUACAUGGCACACCGACCAAGCUGUGCACAUUACAUGGCACACCGACCAAGCUGUGCACAUUACAUGGCAUACCGACCAAGCUGUGCACAUUACAUGGCACACCGACCAAGCUGUGAACAUUACAUGGCACACCGACCAAGCUGUGCACAUUACAUGGCACACCGACCAAGCUGUGCACAUUACAUGGUACGAGAAAACCUGAAAGAAAACAAACCAAAACACCAGCCAAAAAGCCAGAGUCAAAAUAAAGAAUGAGGCAAUUAAGAGGACAUUUGAGUAGGAUGUCAACUGUCUUUAAGAGGACAUUUGAGUAGGAUGUCAACUGUCUUUAAGAGGACAUUUGAGUAGGAUGUCAACUGUCUUUAAGAGGACAUUUGAGUAGGAUGUCAACUGUCUUUUUGCUUUCUUUCUUUUUACUUGUCUUUAUUUUAUAAAAUAUUUUUGAUUUUUUUCAAAAGUCAGUUUUAUCUCCUCCUUUCUCAACAUUAUUUUAACAAUAUUGUGUUAUAUCCAUGUAGUCGAUCACUUGUUUAUUAUCCAUGUUGUUGAUGAGGUGUCUAUUAUCCAUGUAGUCGAUCAGGUGCCUAUUAUUAUCCAUGUUGUUGAUCACGUGUCUAUUAUCCAUAUAGUUGAUCAGGUGUCUAUUGUCCAUGUAGUUGAUUAGGUGUCUAUUGUCCAUGUAGUGGAUCAGGUGUCUAUUGUCCAUGUAGUGGAUCAUGUGUCUAUUGUCCAUGUAGUGGAUCAUGUGUCUAUUGUCCAUGUAGUUGAUCAUGAUAACUAGUUGGUCUCUUAACAGAACUUUAAAGUGCCGUGGCUGUCGCUGUUCAAAUCCAAGGCCCUGUACGUGUGUCUGACUGCUCACGUAUGUAACAACUGGACACACUACACACUUAUGACUGGACUGCCUACCUUCAUGAAGGAAGUGCUCAAGUUUGACAUAGCUGAGGUAAUGACACGUAAAGAGAUGAUUGUCACAAUAGAAACAUGUGAACACCAUCAUGUUGAAAUGGGAUAAAGUUUGAGUUGUAUGACGUCACAGAGUCCCCAUAUUCUUUAAUCUCCACAUGUUCAUGGUUGACUUUUAUCUCAUAACAAACAUACAUGCCUAAUGUUUCACAUACAAACAUACAUGUUUAAUGUUUCACAUAAAAUAGAUGUCGAAUGUUUCACAUACAAACAUACAUGUCUAAGGUUUCACAUACAAACAUACAUGUCUAAUGUUUCACAUACAAACAUACAUGUCUAAUGUUUCAUAUACAAACAUACAGGUCUAAUGUUUCACAUACAAACAUACAUGUCUAAUGUUUCACAUUUGAUUUCAUCUUUGUUGUAUUUUUGUUGUUGUCUUUUCUGCUGUGUCUUAGAAUGGCCUGUUGUCUGCUAUUCCGUACAUGGUCAUGUUUUGUACAUCACUCAUUGCCGGCCAGUUAGCCGAUUUGCUGCGUAAAAAGUACCUGAGUACGGCUGCUACCAGAAGGCUCCUCCAAUCUGUAGGUGAGGCGUCAAUAUGUAUGCGAGCCUCUAAUAUGUAGGGAAAGCUUUAAUCUGUAUAUGCGUAUUUAAUAUGUAUGUUACACUUUUAUAUGCAUGACAAGCUUUAACAUAUAGGUGAGGCUUUAAUAUGUAGGUGAGGCUUUAAUAUGUAGGUGAGGCUUUAAUAUGUAGGUGAGGCUUUAAUAUGUAGGUGAGGCUUUAAUAUGCAGGUGAGGCUUUAAUAUGUAGGUGAGGCUUUAAUAUGUAGGUGAGGCUUUAAUAUGUAGGUGAGGCUUUAAUAUGUAGGUGAGGCUUUAAUAUGUAGGUGAGGCUUUAAUAUGUAGGUGAGGCUUUAAUAUGUAGGUGAGGCUUUAAUAUGCAGGUGAGGCUUUUAUAUGUAAGUGAGGCUUUUAUAUUUAGAUGAGUUGAUUACCUCAUCGCUAGGGUGUCUGAGGGGAAAUACAGUACAGCUCCAGCUGCCUGGGAAAAUAGUACUUGGAAGAGUAAGUUAUUGGGUGGGGGGGUUGCAAGAGUUAGUGUUAAGGGUAUGUGGCAAGAGUUAGUGUUAAGGGUAUGUGGCAAGAGUUAGUGUUAAGGGUAUGUGGCAAGAGUUAGUGUUAAGGGUAUGUGGCAAGAGUUAGUGUUAAGGGUAUGUGGUAAAAGCUUGUGGUGAAAGGGAUGUGAGACAAGAGAUAGAGGUUGUUUAUGUGGCAAGAGUUAGUGUUAAGGGUAUGUGGUAAAAGCUUGUGGUGAAAGGGAUGUGAGACAAGAGAUAGAGGUGGUUUAUGUGGCAAGAGUUAGUGUUAAGGGUAUGUGGUAAAAGCUUGUGGUGAAAGGGAUGUGAGACAAGAGAUAGAGGUGGUUUAUGUGGCAAGAGUUAGGGAUCGGGUGCUCGAUGUCGAAUCAAUCAUUUAAAUAAUGCUAUUUUACUUUAUUCUUACAUAUUCUUACUGCACAUCACAAUCAAACACAAACUUCCCAAACAUGAGCAGGUCUUUCCAAAUCUCAACAAACUGUACACUGUUAUAUCACAAACUUGUGUGUGUGUAUAUAAAUAUAAAUAUAUUUACAUCUAUAUCUUAUAUUGACAGCUUUCCUAGGAGCUGGUUCCUGCAUUAUUGGGGUCGGUUUCAUUGGGUGUGAGAACCGUGACUACGCUGUGGGGCUGCUGGCGAUUGCUGUUGGAUUUGAAGGUUUCUGCUACGCUGGGUACAACGUCAACACAGUGGACUUUGCUCCCAGGUAAGGUACAACGUCAACACAGUGGACUUUGCUCCCAGGUAAUGUACAUUAUGGCUGAGACAAGACCAACAAAGUGGACUGUGCUCACAGGUAAGAUACAAUAUGGCUGAGACAAGACCAACAAAGUGGACUGUGCUCACAGGUAAGAUACAAUAUGCCUGAGACAAGACCAACAAAGUGGACUGUGGUCACAGGUAAGAUACAAUAUGGCUGAGACAAGACCAACAUAGUGGACUGUGCUCACAGGUAAGAUACAAUAUAAGUGAGACAAAACCAAUACAGUGGACUUUGCUAAUAGGUAAGGUAGAUUAUGUGUGAGACUAGACCAAAAUAAUGGACUUUGCUCACAUAUAAGGUACAUUAUGUCAGAUUUUGGUGAGUCAGAUGUUGAUGAGUCAGUUGUUGGUGAUGCAGAUGUUGGUAUUCAAUUCAAAUCAUUUCAGUAUGAGACUAAGAAUGAACGCCACAGACAUUUGGUAUGGUAUUUGUAGAAGGGCAUGGAUGAUAUGGUGUAUGUAGAAGGACAUGGAUGAUAUUUUGCAUGUAGAAGGGCAUGGAUGAUAUGGUGUAUGUAGAAGGGCAUGGAUUAUAUGGUGUAUGUAGAAGGACAUGGAUGAUAUUUUGCAUGUAGAAGGGCAUGGAUGAUAUGGUGUAUGUAGAAGGGCAUGGAUGAUAUGGUGUAUGUAGAAGGGCAUGGAUGACAUGUUUUAUGUAGAAAGGCAUGGAUGAUAUGGGGUAUGUAGAAGGGCAUGGAUGAUAUGGUGUAUGUAGAAGGGUAUGUAUCGUAUGGUGUAUGUAGAAUUGCAGGAUGAUAUGGUGUAUGAAGAAGGGCAUGGAUUAUAUGUUGUAUGAAGAAGGGCAUGGAUGAUAUAGUGCAUGUAGAAGGGCAUGGAUGAUAUGGUGUAUGAAGAAGGGCAUGGAUGAUAUGGUGUAUGAAGAAGGGCAUGGAUGAUAUAGUGCAUGUAGAAGGGCAUGGAUGAUAUGGUGCAUGUAGAAGGGCAUGGAUGAUAUGGUGUAUGAAGAAGGGCAUGGAUGAUAUAGUGCAUGUAGAAGGGCAUGGAUGAUAUGGUGCAUGUAGAAGGGCAUGGAUGAUAUGGUGUAUGAAGAAGGGCAUGUAUGAUAUAGUGCAUGUAGAAGGGCAUGGAUGAUAUGGUCUAUUUAGAAGGGAAAGAUGAUAUGGUAUCUGUAUAAUGGCAUGGAUGAUAUGGUGUAUGUAGAAGGGCAUGGAUGAUAUGGUGUAUGUAGAAGGGCAUGGAUGAUAUGGUGUAUGGAGAAGGGCAUGGAUGAUAUGGUCUAUUUAGAAGGGAAUAGAUGAUAUGGUAUCUGUAUAAUGGCAUGGAUGAUAUGGUUUAUGUAGAAGGGCAUGGAUGAUAUGUUUUAUGUAGAAAGGCAUGGAUGAUAUGGUGUAUGUAGAAGGGAAUGGAUAAUAUGGUGUAUGUAGAAGGGCAUAGAUGGUAUGGUGUAUGUAGAAGGGCAUGGAGGAUAUGUUGUAUGUAGAAGGGCUUGGACGAUAUGGUGUACUCAGAAGGGCACCGAUGAUACGGUGAAUGUAGAAGGCACCGAUGGCUCCAUUUGUCAAUAUACUUUUGAUUUGCAAUAUGACACAUAAGAAGAUAAGAUAAAGGAUGUUAUGUUUGCUUAUUCUAGCGACACAUCGUUGGGCAAACAUUGAUGUAAACCAAUCACAAACAUUGAUGUGAACCAAUCAGCAAACAUUGAUGUAAACCAAUCACAAGCAUUGAUGUAAGCCAUUCAGCAAACACGGAUGUAAACCAAUCAGCAAACACGGAUGUAAACCAAUCAGCAAACACGGAUGUAAACCAAUCAGCAAACAUUGAUGUAAACCAAUCACAAACAUUGAUGUAAACCAAUAAGCAAACACGGAUGUAAACCAAUCAGCAAACACGGAUGUAAACCAAUCAGCAAACAUUGAUGUAAACCAAUCAGCAAACAUUGAUGUAAACCAAUCAGCAAACAUUGAUGUAAACCAAUCAGCAAACAUUGAUGUAACCCAAUUAGCAAACAUUGAUGUAAACCAAUAAGCAAACAUUGAUGUAAACCAAUAAGCAAACAUUGAUAUAAACCAAUCAGCAAACAUUGAUAUAAACCAAUCAGCAAACAUUGAUGUAAACCAAUCAGCAAACAUUGAUAUAAACCAAUCAGCAAACAUUGAUGUAAACCAAUCAGCAAACAUUGAUGUAAACCAAUCAGCAAACAUUGAUGUAACCCAAUUAGCAAACAUUGAUGUAAACCAAUUAGCAAACAUUGAUGUAAACCAAUCAGCAAACAUUGAUGUAAACCAAUCAGCAAACAUUGAUGUAAACCAAUCAGCAAACAUUGAUGUAAACCAAUCAGCAAACAUUGAUGUAACCCAAUUAGCAAACAUUGAUGUAAACCAAUAAGCAAACAUUGAUGUAAACCAAUAAGCAAACAUUGAUGUAAACCAAUCAGCAAACACGGAUGUAAACCAAUCAGCAAACACGGAUGUAAACCAAUCAGCAAACAUUGAUUUAAACCAAUCAGCAAACAUUGAUGUAACCCAAUCAGCAAACAUUGAUAUAAACCAAUCAGCAAACAUUGAUAUAAACCAAUCAGCAAACAUUGAUAUAAACCAAUCAGCAAACAUUGAUGUAAACCAAUCAGCAAACAUUGAUGUAAACCAAUCAGCAAACAUUGAUGUAACCCAAUUAGCAAACAUUGAUGUAAACCAAUUAGCAAACAUUGAUGUAAACCAAUCAGCAAACAUUGAUGUAAACCAAUCAGCAAACAUUGAUGUAACCCAAUUAGCAAACAUUGAUGUAAACCAAUCAGCAAACACGGAUGUAAACCAAUCAGCAAACACGGAUGUAAACCAAUCAGCAAACAUUGAUGUAACCCAAUCAGCAAACAUUGAUGUAAACCAAUCAGCAAACAUUGAUGUGAACCAAUCAGCAAACAUUGAUGUAAACCAAUCAGCAAACAUUGAUGUAAACCAAUCAGCAAACAUUGAUGUAACCCAAUCAGCAAACAUUGAUGUAAACCAAUCAGCAAACAUUGAUGUGAACCAAUCAGCAAACAUUGAUGUAAACCAAUCAGCAAACAUUGAUGUAAACCAAUUAGCAAACAUUGAUGUAAACCAAUCACAAACAUUGAUGUAAACCAAUCAGCAAACAUUGAUGUAAACCAAUCAGCAAACAUUGAUGUAAACCAAUCAGCAAACAUUGAUGUAAACCAAUCAGCAAACAUUGAUCAGUUUAAUAAUACGAAUUCUUUAUCCGGCUCGCCAGUUUUGGGCACCCUUUCUAGUGGCAUCCACUUACGUGCCAUAACUUGGCCUCCCCUGGGUACACCUCUGGUUAGAUGAUGGAUUGGAAGGUUGGGAAGAAGAUGGAUUAAAUGGUAUAUUGGAUGGUAUGAUGAUUUUAAGGUUAUGUGCAUCAUUGAUUGGAUGGCUGGUUGGAAAGCUAGAUUUUGGGGUAUUGUUAUUUAGAGGUGGAGUGCAUGCAUAGGUGGGCAGAGGGGUGGGUUAGUGGUUGUGUUGAUGAUGGAUGAACGAACUGUUGGAUGCAGGGCUGAUUAGAUGGUAGAUGGGUGAAUGUAAAUAGUUAUAAAUGGCCGGACAGUUCUGCUGAUGUUUUAUGUAUCCAGUUAAAGCGAUGCCAUUAAGAUGUAACGAAAUGAGUCUGGCAAUUUUUGUAUUUUGAAAAUAUGUCAAUAUUGAUGACCACCUACAGGUAUGCUGGUGUUCUGUUUGGGAUGACGAAUAUGGUAGCGACUAUACCAGGCAUAGUCGCCCCAUUGGUGGUGGGCGCCUUAACACCAAACGUGAGAAUCACUUUCAUUAUUUUCAUGUAUUUGGUCGUUAACGUUAAAGCUGUCUCAGAUCCUUCUAGUGGGUUAGAUUCUAAAUAUUUAGUAGAUCACUUUAACCGACAAAAGAGGUAAAAGUCUUUCUGGAAAUAAUCCAACUUCUCUCAAUCUCUUCUUUGCUAUAUUGUUGUAUUCUUAUUUACGUCCACAGAAAACUCAAGAAGAAUGGAGAAACGUCUUCUAUAUUUGUGGUGGGCUCUGCUUGUUGGGAACAAUCGUCUUUGGUGGCUUCGCCGUGGGAGAAGUGGAAAAAUGGGCCAUGCUGGACGACGUGGAGAUAGACAUUAGUCCGACAACAGGAGAGAGAGCCCCGACAGAUACUGUCUCAAACGGCAAACACGACAAAGUAAAAAGUGUUUUUGAUAGAGUUGAAUACAACAGUGGGAGUGAGGCUGCAGUCAACAUUAAGGUGUUUUCUCAAAGACUUUAGAAGGCGGGGCUUGUCAAGAAUUAGACAUAUUUUCUGGACGACUGUCAAUCACGUGUCUACUGCCAAGGGAGGGAAGAUUUGUAUACUAGAUCUGAAACAGUCACUGAUUGGACGAAGUGUUCAGAUUGUAAGCCUACCACUCAUGGAACAACUAGUCUACAAGGGGAUAAAGAAGUAUUUUAAAUCACUGUCUUAACAGGGCGAGAGAUAGGCUGUCUUUUCAAUGUUGACGAAACAGGAUUCAUGUUUUGUGACGCUUAUAUGUAGGCCCAAAAUUGUCUAUAUUUGAUGAUUUACUAGUACGAGUUGCACAUCAUCUUAACAGACAGCUUAACAGAGCUAGGGAAUUACCACGUGAUCAAACAUUAAGGUGACAAAUGUACACGCAGAUUGAAAAAUAAUUGCAUUCCUUUACUUUCUUGUUUUUUAGCGUCUAAAUUCUAAAACUAAAACAUAAGAAAAUAUAUCUUUCUAAAAUGUAUUUAAUGGAACGGCUCUUUAUUCUUCAAAAAUUUAUUUAAGAUAAUGGCAAAAUUUAUUUUUUUUUUUUUCAAGAAUUUUUCUAAAUUCGAAAAUGAAAUUUAUGAAAAUAAUGUUAUAAGAUAUCAAAUUUAUUUUAUGGUAUUUUUCUUACAGCUACAAUACAUCCUACUUGAUGGAUUGUUCUAACUUAGGGGCGGGAAACGUUUUGCAAGGAGGGCCGCAUGGAAAUGUUACAAAAAGUUGUCUAAAAUUAUAGAUUAUAGUGUGAUUAUAAGUAACAUUUUACAACCUGAUAUGACCUAACAGAAUGGACAUUGGCAGUCUAUUAUUAUUAAGUUAUAUAGUUUUAAAAUUUUUCAUAAUAUAUUUGUAGCUUCAAAUAUUUUUUGGGUUUUCCCCUAGUCCGGAAUCAAAGUAUAGAAUAGAAUGCAAAUUUACAUCGUGUAGCUGACACCUGUAAAUGGAUUCAGUGAUGUUCAUUCAGGAGAAAGCUGUGUUCUCACAUAUUUGUUUAGCAUUAUUAAAGAAUCAUUCCAGAACAACGUGUUUUAUAUUUGGGAAAAUCCUUUCCAAGUUUCGCAUAAAAUUGUAUUAUUCAAAUUUCAAUGUCGUUUAAUUUCUCUUUGAGAAGUUUGUCAGUCUGCAAGUCUAUAAGUCCACUGCUGUCAGUACAAUCUUUGUCCAUCUCAUUUACAAAAUGUCAUGGGAAGAAGAAAAAACUUGUUCACAAUCAAUAAAUGGUUUAUUGAUUUUUUUAAACGUGAGAUCAGUAAAUACAUUGUAGUGGCUUCUUGUACAGAUGGCUUCUUGUACAGAUGGCUUCUUGUACAGAUGGCUUCUUGUACAGAUGGCUUCAUGUACAGAUGGCUUCUUGUACAGAUGGCUUCUUGUACAGAUGGCUUCUUGUACAGAUGGCUUCUUGUACAGAUGGCUUCUUGUACAGAUGGCUUCUUGUACAGAUGACAACAUGGCAAACGUUGUUUGUUCCUGCUGUACAUUGCUCAUCAUUGGCACUGUGCUUCAAUUCAGCUUCAUUUAAUGCCAAAAUUAUCAUGAUUAGAAUGACACUGUCGUCUUAGACUAUAUUCUCUGAAGGCAGACACAGACUUACGACAUAUUCGGCACACUGCAGUGGGUUUAAGAUCAAUGACAACACUCUUAGAUGUCCAGUCUUUGUCGAGGGUCUGAUAUUCAUCUUCAUUUAAUUUUUUUUCUUUCAUUUUCAUUUCUUUUUUAAUUUUAAUUAUUUUUAUUUGUGCACUCGCAUUUCUAUUAGAAAAUCUUAGGUUCAGUAUCAUUUUGAUACUAAAAUUACUUGUGUAAAAAUUUUAUAAUUUAAACUGUCAAGUGCAAGCUUCCAUUUGCAAACUGGCCCAUAAUUUAGCUGUUCACAAUACAAUAUUCAGUAGACAAUUAAGAAAUUGUAUUCUUCAGCAUAUCCGGAAAGAAAUUUCGUCGACGGAAAAUUGAUCGACGGAAGUUUGAUCGAACGGAGGUUUGAUCGAACGGAAGUUUGGUCGAACGGAAUUUUGAUCGAAUGUUUUUUUCUCCACUUUAUACGAUCAAAUUUCAUCAAAUUUCUUUUUAAACGCAAUGUGCUAUAUAGUAAAACAAAAUAAUACGUUCAAAAAUAAAUUUGACGCAAAAUUUGAUUGUGUCAACUGAACAUAAAAUUUGACCAAACUUCCGUUCGACCAAAUUUCAGUUCGAUCAAAUUUCCGUUUGAUCAAACUUCCGUCGACGAAAUUUCUGUCAAACAAAUUUCCGGUAACCAUUCUUCAGUCGUCGUGAGACAAUGGUGUAGCGUCUGUAUUAGUUGCACCUUCUCGAUUGGCUAAUGAGGCCAGUCCUGUUGUGGCGGUCUCAGCUACACUUCUCGUAGGAGAGCAUUGGCUGCUUGUUUUCUGUGCCCUUCCGUAGUGCUAAUUUUGCUACAAGGACUUCUUUUGAGAAGUGAAAAUUAUACAGUUUACGCUAGACAAGGCAGAAUUUUGGUGUUAACUUAAAAAUUACUCUAAAGCUUUUGUUUGUUUCUUCUUUUUGUUGACAUUUGUUCAUUACAUUUUAUGGUAGUUUUAGGUUUAAAAUGAUGUAUUUGUUUGAUAUAUAAUGAA